AUGUCAAGCAAGGACUGUGUGAAAGUGGCAGUCCGAGUCAGGCCCUUUAAUAAGAGGGAACGGGAUGCAGGUAGUCGCUGUAUUAUCUCAAUGACCUCCAACAACAUCAGCAUUCAAGAUCCACGCAACCAACCCAACAGCCGCACCUUCACUUUUGACUACGCUUACUGGUCCCACAGUGGCUUCACCAGAAACAAAGAUGGUCUGUUUGUACCUGAAGAGACAGGUGGGCGCUACGCAGAUCAGGCAAAUGUGUUUCAGGGUUUGGGUCAGGGUAUCCUUGAUAAUGCACUGCAGGGCUAUAAUGCCACAUUAUUGGCAUAUGGACAGACGGGCUCUGGAAAGAGUUACUCCAUGGUCGGUUAUGGUCCAAAUAAAGGCCUGAUACCCACUCUCUGUGAAAGACUCUUUCAGUUUUUCAGGAGCACACAAGACAGCAGGCAAUGUCAGGUGUUUUUCAGCAUGUUGGAAAUUUACAACGAACAGGUUAUAGAUCUCCUAUCAAAGGCCAGCCGAUCUUCUGGUGGUCUUCGGGUACGAGAGGACCAGCAAAGGGGUUUCUACGUGGAGGGUUUAAGGCGGGUGCCCUGUGACAAUGCGGUACAGGUGGAGCAGCUGAUGGAGCAGGGAACACGCACCCGAACCACUGUGGCCACGCACAUGAACGCCAACAGCAGUCGCUCACACAUGCUCAUCAUCGUCCAACUCAAACAGAUAUUCUCAAAGGAGUGCAUCACCAAACAAUCUAACAUUAACUUGGUGGACUUGGCUGGCAGCGAGAGACAAAGGUCAUCGGGGUCAGAAGCCGACAGGCUUAAGGAAGGGACAGCUAUAAAUCUCAGUUUAACAACCCUCGGAAAUGUCAUCAGUGCUUUAGCAGACAUGGCUCUUGGGAAGAAGGUGGUUCAUAUCCCUUACAGGGACUCCAUCCUUACCAAACUAUUGCAGUCCGCCCUCGGUGGCAACAGUCGAACUGUCAUGAUUGCAACUUUAAGCCCUGCUGACAUUUGCUAUGAAGAGUCGCUCUCUACACUUCGAUAUGCAGAGAGGGCAAAAAGAAUCCAGAAUCGAGCUGUGGUGAAUGAAAGUCCUACAGAACGCUUAGUGAAGGAGCUCAAAGCAGAGAAUGCCAAACUGCUGUUGAGACUGAGCCGACUGGGUCAAGAAGGUCGCAGAUCAGAUGAUGAAACGAAGGAGCUGCGACGAUUGCUGACUCAUAAUGAGCUGCAGAUCAGAGCUAUUCAGACAUUGUGGGAACAACAUCUUCAGGAGGCUCUCAAAGACUGGGAAACGCAGUAUGCCACUAUAACACAGGAACGAAGGAUGAUGCAGAUGCAUCCAUACAUAAUGAACGUGAAUGAGGACGCUCAGCUGUCUGGCGUGGUAAAGCUUUUUAUUCAGGAUGGUGAUUGGGAUAUAGGUCUGGCAGAUAACUCACCCAGAGCUCUCUCCAUUAGGGGUUUAGGCAUCCAGGACAAACAUGCUGUGUUCUCAAAUCACCAAAGGAAAGUAUCGAUUACACCCGUCUCUGGAUCUAAGGUCAUUGUGAAUGGGAUGUCUGUAUCAAAGAUCACAGAGCUGCAGCAUUUGGAUCGACUCGUCCUUGGUUCGAACAGCACUUACCUGUUUAUUGGCUUUCCUUCGGAGCGUUCGGUAGAGGACUGGAGCCGAUACGAUUAUGACUACUUUCAGUCUGAGCUAGCGGCGGCCGAGGGCAUCCACAUUCAGUCUCUGUGUGAUGACCAGGGCCAGAAGCCGAACCAGACUGAUCCCAGUCUCCUGGCUGUCUUCUAUGACUACAUAAAACUGAUGCCCAUGGUGACCGAAGCAAAUCAAAUGAGUAAAGAGUUAAAAAAGGGAGUUGAAUUUAAAUUGGAAAUAAAGAACUUGGCGAUGUCAGACUCUAAGGGUCACGAUCUAGAGAAGGAAAUUGCUGUGAGAGUGACGUCUGUGGAGAGCAAGCAGGUAUGGAUGUGGUCCAAGGCUAAGUUUGUGAACCGCAAGUUUUUGAUGGAAGAGGUGUACCAGCAGGAAGUGGUUGGAGGUGAGGGGGCAGAUAGAGCCCCUCUUCCCCGGGACAGAGACCCGUUCUGGGACCCACUUGAACCCCUGCACCUGGGCAGUGCUCACCUGUGGCUGCAGUCUCUGGCGUUUCGCAUACCUCUGGAGGAGCAGGUGGAAGUGGUGGGACCAGAGGGAACAGAAGAGGCUAUACUACAGGCACAGUUAGUGCCAUGUAGCCCCAUGGGAUUGCCUCUGGGUGAAGACGACAUCCUUAUUGACCCAUCAGAGCUUCUUGGGAAGCGGUUGGAUUUUCAGCUGGUUUUAGAUCAGUGUUGUGGCCUGCGUUGGGUCAAAGAGGCCCGAAACAGAGGCGUGCAAAUCGGGUUCCAGAUGUUUGACUGUCCACAGCCUCUGUACUCCCCAGCAGUGUGGCACAAUGUGAACCCAUUGCUAGAUCACCGAGUUCAGUUUACUGCACUGAGAACCUCACAGGAACUCUUAAACUACUUACAGAGCAAUGCCCUUGUGCUGGAGCUGUGGGGCCUGCAGGAGGGAUGUUCUGAGUUAGUCUCCUUUAUGGAUGGGGUGAAGAUGACCCAAGAAGAAGAGAGCAUUAUUAUAGACAAGAUCAGUGCAUCAGAAAACUUGGCUGUAGAAACCGGAGGAUCUCACCUAAGUUCAUCUCUGCGUGCCCUUCAUCAGGACCUGGAACAGCUGAGGAACGCUAAUGCAGCACUGAGGAAAGAAAACAGCGCUCUGAGAGACCAGCUUCAUUCAGCCAAAAAUGGUGUGGAAAAUAACCGCGGUCGACACGAUAGAAGAGGCAGCUGCGAUGCUGAAUUCGCCAAAGCCUUAAAAGUGUUUUACCACGGCAUGACUUCCGUCAGAGGACAGCUACAGCGGCUGCGCAGACACAAACCCAGCGAAGAAGCAGAUCUGCUGGGGCUCAGGCUGUUUGUGGAUGAACAUGCUUAUCUCCUGAAGGACUUUGCCGAGCAUCUGGAACAGUGUGUCACGACUCUUAAACAAGAUGUGGCUGCUAUUGUGCGCAGAAAGAGAGAAAAGUCAGGGAUUUGGUCCUAACUGCUUAAAGUACAUCUGUAGUCGGUAAUUUUAUCACUUAAAACUGAUCUCUGAGCAUCAUGAUAGCGUAUGUAAAAGUUUUUUCAUGUGACAGUAAUUUCUUCUUGCUUUAAAACGGCUUGAAUGUAACUCUAAACUAUGCCUUAUUUAAUAUACACGGAGCUGUGAAUAUGCGAAGUAGUAACCGCCUCAGACCAUAGAUAUAUUUGUAAAUAGAUGCUACAUUCUGCAGUUUCUAACACAUAACUGUUAAAUCCGUAUUGAUUACUCAAACUCCUGAUCCACUCGUUCAACUGUGAUUGGUUACAUGUUUCUGACGUUUGAAACAAGGGCAAUUUUAAACCCCUUGUCUUUGGAAAAUUUUAUAGAGAAAAUACUCAUACUGAUGAAUUUGCACAUGGUUUGUCUUUAAGUAUAUUAAAACACCACAAAGAUACAUAAACAAUAAAAACUAUUUUUUUCCCAAGGGGACUUAAACCUAUCAGCCCAAAUGAA